AUGGGGCUGGAGCUCUACCUGGACCUGCUGUCGGCGUCCUGCCGCGCCGUCUACAUCUUCGCCAAAAAGAACAGCAUCCCCUUCGAAUUCCAGUUUGUGGACCUGCUGAAAGGUCACCACCACAGCAAGGAGUACGUGGAGAUAAACCCCCUGAGGAAGCUGCCCAGCCUCAAAGAUGGAAAGUUUAUGUUAUCUGAAAGCGUGGCCAUCCUCCUCUACCUGUGCCGCAAGUACAGUGCUCCCUCGCACUGGUACCCACCAGACCUGCACACGCGCGCCCGCGUGGACGAGUUCAUGGCCUGGCAGCACACAGCCCUUCAGGUGCCCAUGAGCAAGAUCCUCUGGAUCAAGCUGCUGAUCCCGAAGAUCACAGGGGAGGAGGUUCCAGCUGAGAAGACGGAGGAGAUGCUCGCAGAGGUGAAGAAAAACCUGCAGCUCUUCGAGGAGAAGUUUCUGCAGGACCAGAUGUUCAUCACUGGGAAUACCAUCUCACUGGCGGACCUGGUGGCCCUGGUGGAGAUGAUGCAGCCCAUGGGGGGUGACCACAACGUCUUCCUUAACAGCUCCAAGCUGGCCGAAUGGCGCAUGAGGGUGGAGCUCAGCAUUGGCUCCAGCCUCUUCUGGGAGGCCCAUAACCGGCUGGUGAAGCUGGCGGAGUGGGACUGUUCAACGCUGGAUCCGACAGUCAAGGAGAGGAUCUGUGAGUUGCUGCAGAGGUUCAAGUAG